CGCAAUCACGCCUUAGAUUUUCCGCCGAUUUUCCCACACCCUGUACAACAAGCGAAUUAAGGUUUCAUCCGUUUCGAUCUCCGGCCAUGAAGAUGUUCUCAGCCAGGUUGUUUUUCAUUCUUUUAAUGAUUCCGGUCCUACUCGUCUCCGCCGCCGAAGACUGCAGUGGUGACUCCGGUUACGACGGACGGGACCGGGUCGAGGCCCGGAACUUGAAGUUCAUAGCGUUUGCUGCCAUUCUUGCUGCGGGAUUUCUGGGCGUCAAUGUCCCGAACAUCGGGAAGAAAUUCCCGAUGUUCCACCCGGACAGCAAUUUGUUCUUCCUUGUGAAGGCGUUUGCCGCCGGCGUGAUCUUAGCAACCGGAUUCAUCCACGUGCUCCCGGACGCUUUCGAGGCCCUCGGCAGCCCUUGCCUGCCGGAGAAGCCAUGGAGCAAAUUCCCCUUCCCUGCCUUCGUGGCAAUGGUGGCCGCCUUAAUCACGAUGAUGGUGGACUUGUUCGCGACGAGCUAUUACAGUAAAGCCCAAUCGGAUAACAAGCCCAAGCCUGUUGACGAAGAAAGCCCGGCCCAGCCUCACGCACAAUUGCCUAUUCACACGCACGCGAGCCAUGGGCAUGCUCACGGUCCGGUUGAGCCUUCCGGCGGGUCUGAUCUAACUACACGGCGGCGCGUCAUCUCAAUGGUUCUGGAGAUUGGGAUUAUUGUUCACUCGAUAAUUAUUGGGAUAUCUUUGGGGGCAUCUGUGGACACGGACACGAUUAAGCCCCUACUAGUGGCGUUGGUUUUCCAUCAACUCUUUGAAGGCAUAGGACUCGGCGGGUGCAUUGCUCAGGCACAAUACGCAAGACGUGCUACAAUAUUAAUGGCAUUAUUCUUCUGCUUUACAACUCCAAUCGGAAUAGCAACUGGGUUCUGGAUCUCAAGUAACUACAACGAAAACAGCCCCACGGCCCUAAUUGUGGAGGGCUUGUUAAACUCGGCCUCAGCUGGGAUUCUGAUUUACAUGGCCCUUGUAGACCUCAUUGCAGCAGAUUUCAUGAGUGAUAGACUUCAACGCAAUUUAAAGCUUCAAAUUGGAGCUAAUACCUCACUUCUACUAGGAGCAGGCUUAAUGUCACUCUUAGCCAUUUGGGCAUAAGCAUUAUUAUAUAUACCAGAAAAUUAGACAUCUCUCUACAUGAUAUAAUUAAGAAUAAUUGUAAUGAUGAGAGAUAAAAAAAAACUUACAUCUCGUGACAAAAAGAGUAUUUUGGGUAGAAUUAGAUAGACUCUUUUUGUGACGUUUAAUUGAUAUAAUUAGCUUAGGUUAAGUUUAAUGUGAUGUGGAGUACGUAGUUGUGUGGAAUCGCCUCUUAUAUUUGCUAAUGCAUUUUUUAUUACAGUAGUAUAUGUGUGCGUAAAUCAU